CCCAGCCCUGGCCCCCCCCCCCCCCCGGUGCUGCUCUUCCUUCGGGGCCCACGCGGGCUGGGCUGGGGUCUCCGCCGACGUCACGUUUCCUCCUCCCAGCCAAACAGGGGCACCAAACGGACCCGGGAAGACGAGGAAGAGGAGCUGAAGACGCGGCACAAGCCGGUCGCCUCUCGGGAGCGUGGCCGUUACCGGGAGGAGGAGCCCCCGGCAGCCGAGGAGUCGGAAGAUGAGAAGAAGAAGCUGCUCCACAUCAUCGAAAGAGGCGAGGAGGAGGAGGAAGAGGAGGAACCUCUGGACGAAAGCUCCGUGAAGAAGAUGAUCCUCACCUUUGAGAAGAGGUCUUACAAGAACCAGGAGCUCCGGAUCAAAUUCCCGGACAACCCCGAGAA